UUCAUUGUUCACAGUACAAAAUACAGUUACUGGUAGUUACUUUCAUCAGCGUAAUAAAAGCCGGCCUGAAAUCUCAUUUAUCGAUCAAAUUCUUUUUCUGUAUGGAAAAUGGAAAAUUUCGAAAUGGUUUACCAUAAAUCCUGACGCUAUCGAGGCGGGGAACGGCGUGGAGAUGUGGGUUUUGGUGAUAGUGUUUGUUCUUGGGGCGCUGACGGUCGUCGGAGCGGAAGCCCUCGGAGCCGUCAUUUUGAUACGAUGGUUGAAUCGGAAGUUAAGUCGUGAAGUAGCAAGAUCCAAGAUCGUCAGAGAGCUAUCAACUCCGGGAAAUGUUGAUCCCUCUUCCCACAGAAAGCAGGGCUUUGUAUGGGUUCUAGAUGCAGAAAAAAUCCCAAGAGCUUCUCCUAUGGACAAAGCUUUGAGACAGCAAAAGGGAAAAAAAGAGAUCUUGGAGGUUACACCUAUAAAGAAAUAUGCAAAAUUGAGGGAUCACUUUCUCAUUUUAACAGAAUCAGAUGCUUCUCACACAGAAAUUGAACUUAAGGGUUGUACAAUAGCAGCUGUAUCCGCAUCAGACUUGUCCUCGAGAAAAUGGGCAAAAAGGUACCCAAUAAAAGUAGAAAGAAAAUCAUCAAUAGUAUACAAAGGAAGUAAAACAAUGUACAUAUAUCUUGAGACAUCUUGGGAGAAGGAAUCUUGGUGUAAAGCUCUAUAUCUUGCUUCCCAUGAGGAUGAAGAGAAACUAAAGUGGGUCAAAAAAUUGAACGCAGAGUUCCACAGUUACCUGAUCUCACUAAAUGCAGUGUAUCCUUCAUUUAUGAAACCAUGUUCACAUAUAAGUACUGAGCCUAUAGAUAAGUCAAGUAAGCUUGAUGGCUCUUCAUCAAAGGUUCGAAAUUUUCUGCGGAAACUUUCCAAGAAAUCUUCCAAGAGUGGCAUUGAAAAUAAGGCAAACUUGUCAAGUCGUGAAGCUCCAACAGAAAAAUCUAUUGAUUGUUCCACUGAGGAAAUUAUUGUCCCUUCAUCACUGGCAACGUUGAAUGCGUCUGCAAGCAGAAAUCAUGUCCCUGUAAUUUCUGAUGUAGAUUCAGAUGAUAGAGCUUCUGAUGAAGGAACUCUAUGUUGGAAUCUGUUAAUAUCAAGGUUCUUCUUUGAUGCUAAACAAAAUGAGGAGAUGAGAACUUCCUUGCAAGCUCGGAUUCAGAGAACACUAUCCAAUAUGCGAACCCCCACAUACCUAGGUGAGGUGAUAUGCACCACUGUUGAUCUUGGUAAUCUCCCACCAUAUCUUCAUGCAAUGAAAGUUCUUCCUUCCGACAUGACUGAGAUUUGGAUGAUGGAAAUUGAAAUUGAGUAUUCUGGUGCUGCAAUCUUUGUAAUCGAAACAAGGCUUGAAGUUCAGGAUCUUGAGUUACAGGAAGGAGGCCCAGGCCUAGAAUCAAGUUCUUUGGAUGAGGUAAAAGCUGAUAUGUUAGCGGGCAUUGAACAGUUCAGAGAAAACUUGGAAUACUCUGAAGAGACCUCUGACUCCUGUGAUCAUAGAGAUGAAGGAGAUGUCAAAGGGGAUGCAAUAAAACACUCCAGAAAUGUGACUGGUGCAGUACCUCAACAAUCUAGAUGGAAGUCUAUCAUACAUUCAAUUGCCAAACAGGUCUCACAGGUUCCACUUACCUUGGGGAUAAGAGUUGCAUCUCUUCGAGGAAUAAUGCGUGUAUUCAUAAAGCCGCCACCUUCAGAUCAAAUAUGGUUUGGCUUCACAUCUAUGCCAGACCUUGAUUUUCAAUUUGAACCUUUUGUUGGAGACCAUAGGAUUGCAAGUGGACAUAUAGCCUUAUUCCUAAUCAGUCGGCUUAAGGCAGCUCUUCGUGAAACUUUGGUUAUUCCAAAUUGUGAAAGUGUAUGCCUAUCAUGGAUGUUAGCUGAAAAGGAGGACUGGAUCCCGCGUAAAUUUGCACCUUUCUUAUGGACUAAUCAAGAAGCACCGAGCACUGAGAACUGGGAAGUGAUACGCUCAGAUGAAGCUAAUAAGGAAAUUGGCAGCAGUUAUUCAGAGAGUUGCGAAGGGCCAAAAAAGGUGGAAUUAUCAUCUUUGAAAAAACCAAAUGAUUCACCGAACACACGCUCAUCCUCACCUGUUGUUGAUAAGCAAACAGUGAAGCAUAGUAGUUCUGUGAAAGAAUCCUCACCUGUUGUUGAUAAGCCAACAGUGAAGCAUAGUAGUUCUGUGAAAGAAUCCUCACCUGUUGUUGAUAAGCCAACAGUGAAGUAUAGUAGUUCUAUGAAAGAAUUGCAGGUCCCGUUGUUGUUUCAUUCUGAAGAACAGGCGGCAGUAAAUCAACGGAAAAGCACAGAUUCUGCAGAAUAUUACACGUUGAAAUCUAGACAAGCUGAAGUGGCAGAGGAACAGAGCCGUAUUUCUGAGGAGGAUGAUGGAAAACCUAGAAGACAGGGUACUAGAGCAAAGAUGAUUUCUUUGAGCAAGAAAAUGUCAGAGAAGUUUGAAGAGAAAAAGCGAAAUAUUGAAGAGAAGGGAAGAAACAUUGUUGAAAGAAUGAAAGGACAACAAUGAGUAGCCAAACAAGCAAGAAGUUAACAUAGAAGCUAAGCCAAAUUUGUUUGUACCAUUUGUUAUUGUAAAUGGAGCAACAAUGCCUGCCUGCCUGCAUAUCUGAUUAAUUGAGUGAUGUUCCUUGCUGUAGAUCAGUAGAUGCUUCAGAUUUAGGUAGGAAACAAAAGAAAACUGUGUAGAAAGAAAAAUGUAUAGACAGUAGUGGCACAGUGCCAUAUUGCUAAAACAAUGACUUUCAUGGAAUAAAUUUUACUAUCUGUUUGGUACUC